CACACUCCCAAUAAAACCUUCAUGAUCACAAUCAUGGCUUCCUUCAGAGUCAAGCAAGAAUAAAACCCAGUAACCAAUAACCCAAAAAAGCUCUCCACUGACCCAAAGUCUCUCCUUUCUUUCUUUCUUUCUUUCUUCUUCUUCUUUAUCAGAAUGGCUCAGAUCAUCAGAGACAGAGUCUUCGGCUCUUUCGGUGGUUCCAGACGACACAGCAAAAUCCCCAUUCCAAUUCCACGACCCGAACCCGAACCCGGACCCGAACGAGUCAUGCCCGUUUACCCGGUUGAAGACCUCCCCAACCCGUUUGGGGAAUUGGGCCCGGACCUGUCGGACUCGGACCUCCGGGAAACCGUCUACGAGAUCCUAGUCGGAGCAUGCCGGAGCUCCGGCCCGAAACCGCUGACGUACACGCCGCAGUCGGAGAAGGCCGACCGGAGUUCGUUGUCGACGCUUCAGAGGUCGCUGACGUCAUCGGCGAAGGCGGCUCUGGGGUUGAAGCAAACGGCGUCGUCUAAGAGACUCGGGAGUAGUAAACGGUCCGGGUCGGUUUUUGAGCUUAUUCGGGUCCAGAUGAGGGUUUCGGAGCAGACCGAUACCCGAAUCCGGAGAGCCCUUCUCAGAGUUGCUGCUGGUCAGCUGGGACGAAAGAUAGAGUGCAUGGUGUUGCCUCUGGAGCUCUUGCAGCAUUUCAGGUCGUUAGAUUUCGGCAAUCAGCAAGAGUAUGAAGCUUGGCAGAGGAGGAAUUUGAAGGUUCUGGAAGUGGGACUUCUGGUGUAUCCUCAUAUGCCUUUGGAUAGGAAAGAGACCGCUCCUCAACAACUGAGGAAGAUUAUUCGUGGGGCGUUGGAGAAGCCCAUGGGAACUGGGAAGAACACGGAGACAAUGCAGGUUCUCCGCAGUGUUGUUAUGUCGCUUGCCUGCAGAUCGUUUGAUGGUACUGUUUCCGACACGUGCCACUGGGCGGAUGGGUUUCCGUUGAACCUCAGACUUUACCAAAAGCUCCUAGAAUCAUGUUUUGACCUCAAUGAAGAGACAUCUAUUAUUGAAGAGCUUGAUGAGGUUUUAGAAGUCAUGAAGAAGACAUGGGUAGUCCUUGGAAUAAACCAAAUUUUGCAUAAUCUUUAUUUUGCAUGGGUUCUAUUUCAUCGAUAUGUUACCACCGGCCAAGUGGACAAUGACCUGCUGAUUGCGUCCAAUAACCUCUUGGAGGAAGUUCAGCAAGAUGCCAAUGCCACAAAAGAUCCAGCUUAUUUGAAGAUCGUAAGUUCAACAUUGAAUGCAAUACUGGGUUGGACUGAGAAAAGGCUUCUUGCCUACCGUGGUGUUUUCAACCCUGGGAAUAUUGAGGUAAUGCAAAACAUUGUCUCCCUGGGGGUAUUAUCAGCAAAAGUACUAGUAGAGGAUAUUUCUCAUGAGUAUCGUAGGAAGAAAGAAGUUGAUGUAGCGCGUGACAGAGUUGACAGCUACGUAAGAUCAUCAAUGCGCACUGCUUUUGCUCAGAAACUGGAAAAAGUAGGCUCCGACAAGCGUCUAUCAAAGAGCCAAAAGAAUCAUAUUCUUACCCUCUCCAUCCUUGCAAAUGAAGUUAGUGAACUGGCUUUUAGUGAGAAGGAGAUAUAUGGUCCAGUAUUGAAGAGAUGGCACCCUUUUGCAACGGGUGUUGCUAUGGCUAUGCUGCAUUCUUGCUAUGGAGACGAGCUCAAGCAAUUUGUGGAUGGUGUCAGUGAGUUGACUCCUGAUACUGUACAAGUACUGAGAGCGGCUGACAAAUUGGAGAAAGAUCUUGUGCAGAUUGCCGUUGAAGAUUUAGUCGAUAGUGAGGAUGGCGGGAAAUCCAUCAUACAGGAGAUGCCUCCUUACGAGGCUGAAGCUGUAAUGGCUGAACUUGCGAAGGAUUGGAUAAGGACAAGAGUGGACAGGCUGAAGGAAUGGGUUGACAGAAAUCUGCAACAAGAGGUCUGGAAUCCACAAGCGAACAAAGAACGCCUUGCUCCUUCUGCCAUUGAAGUUUUACGUAUUAUAGAUGAAACACUGGAAGCAUUCUUUAUGUUACCUAUACCAAUGCAUCCUGGAUUGAUUCCAGAAUUGAAGACCGGUCUUGAUAGAUGUCUUCAAUACUAUGUAUCAAAGGCCAAGACUGGCUGUGGAACCCGAAUCACCUUCAUUCCCAGUAUGCCUGCUCUGACUAGAUGUUCAGCAGGAUCAAAAUUUCAUGGUGUAUUCAAGAAGAAGGAACGGUCACAUAUAAACCAGAGGAGGAAAGCUCAGGUUGGAAGUACAAAUGGGGAUAGUUUGUUUGGAAUUCCGCAACUAUGCGUUCGCAUCAAUACUCUGCAGCUGAUCCGAACAGAGUUGGGAGCUUUUGAGAAGAGGAUUUUUGCUCAUCUUGGGAACUUGGAAUCCACUCAAAAGGGAGAUUUUGCUAAUGGGAUGAGCAAAAUGUUUGAGCUGUCAGCAUCUUCUUGUGUGGAAGGGAUCCAACAACUUUGUGAGGCAACAGCUUACAAGGUUGUUUUCCAUGAACUAAGUCAUGUUCUUUGGGAUGGCUUGUAUAAUGUGGAUGCUUCUUCUUGUAGAAUUGAGCCUUUUCUUCAGGAACUCGAGCAAUUUUUGGAGAUUAUCUCGUCAACAGUCCAUGACAGAGUUAGAACACGUGUUAUUACGGAUGUCAUGAAAGCUUCUUUUGAUGGGUUCUUGUUGGUUUUGCUUGCUGGAGGCCCUUCCCGCAGUUUCACACAGAGAGAUUCUGACAUAAUAGAGGAGGAUUUUAAAUUUCUGACCGAUUUGUUCUGGUCAGGUGGGGAUGGAUUACCAGCUGAUUUAAUAGAGAAGCUGUCAACCACUGUUAAGGACAUUCUUCCUCUGUACCAUACUGAUACCGAUAGCCUUAUUGAGCAGUUCAAGCACGUGACUCUGGAAAACUAUGGCUCUUCUGGCAAGUCCCACCUGCCAUUGCCUCCAACUUCCGAUAAGUGGAAUUCCAAUGACCCAAAUACACUUCUACGUGUCUUGUGUCAUAGGAAUGAUGAGACUGCAGCCAAGUUCCUGAAGAAGACUUAUAAUUUGCCUAAGAAGCUGUAACAACUUUUGUGAUGAAUGACGAACUGAAUGCAUGGUUUCAGCUGGAACUAGGAUCAUUUUGAUCUUGCUUAUUACGACAUCACCCCUGUUCAGCGCCGGAGAUGAUCUUGUUUAGUGAGAAGAGCUGUUCAUUUGGGGGAAUAACAUUCACUUGUAUAGUGUAUUUGAUGACCACAGGUAACAUGUGCUUGUUGUUCAGAGCUUAGUUAGUCACGAACUUUGAGCUUAAUGCAGAGGAUUAUAGGCUUGGUUUUUCGUCUUUCUUUUACAUACACUUUCCAGCGCUCUUGUGAAAUUUGGUGCACUUUGAACAAGUACAUAAAAAACCAAUUUUGAUGAACC